UUGCAUGAACAUUCUUCUGAAUUUCUUUCUGACAUGCAGUAUUGGGCAAUAUUGCACUGCCGAAAAAAAAAAAAUCUUUGUUUCACCAAGAAAAUGUUUGAUACUAUAUACUUUAAUUCUUGGCCACAGCUGGAUUUUGAAGAUUGAUCCAAGGGACUGUAUAAAUUUCAGGAAUUGAUAUGAAAGACACUGGCUCUGCCACUUAACAGCCAUGUAACCUUGGAUAUGGAAGAAAGCAGCAGUGUCGCCAUGUUGGUGCCAGACAUUGGGGAGCAAGAAGCUAUACUGACUGCUGAAACUGUCAUCAGUUCAUCACUGGAAAUCGAUGAGCAAAGAAAAGCUAAAACAGAUCCAUUAAUCCAUGUUAUCCAAAAGUUAAGCAAGAUAGUGGAACAUGAAAAGUCCCAAAAAUGUCUUUUAAUUGGGAAAAAACGGUCACGUUCAAGUGCUGCAAACCGCUUUCUUGAAAGUCAAGAACCUUGCGAGAUUCCAGCUAAAGUAACCCAGUCACCUGCUGCUGAUAUUAGACAGGCUGAGAUGUCACAAAUGCAUUUUACCCCUGACUCUCCUGCCCAGAAUGAUGGGAAGGCUAUGUCUUAUCAGUGUAGCCUUUGUAAGUUUCUGUCAUCAUCUUUUUCGGUGUUAAAAGAUCACAUCAAGCAGCAUGGACAGCAGAAUGAAGUGAUACUAAUGUGUUCAGAGUGCCAUAUUACAUCGAAAAGCCAGGAGGAACUUGAAGCUCACGUGGUAAAUGAUCACGAAAACGAUGCCAACAGUCACAUUCAAUCCAAAGCCCAACAGUGUGUAAGCCCCACCAGCUCCUUGUGUAAGAGAACCACAGAAAGGCAUAAUGAAGCCACUCCUGACGUCCCAGUAAGUGUGGACAACCCACAGACUCAUACUGUCCAGACGGCACCCAUGGCAGGAAUGGGGAGGAGGAAAUGGUAUGCCUAUGAGCAGUACGGCAUGUAUCGGUGCUUGUUUUGUAGUUAUACUUGCGGCCAGCAGAGAAUGUUGAAAACACAUGCUUGGAAACACGCUGGGGAGGUUGACUGCUCCUAUCCGAUCUUUGAAAACGAAAAUGAGCCCCUGGGCUUGCUGGACCCUUCAGUGGCUGCUGCACCUGGUGGGGUCGAUGCAGUCGUCAUUGCCAUUGGAGAUAACGAACUGAGCAUCCAUAAUGGGCCAUCAGUACAGGUGCAGAUUUGCAGCUCAGAACCGUUAACAUCUUCGUCUCCUUUAGAACCAAGUGCGGAAGGAGGGGUUCACCUCAGUCAGUCAGUCACCCUUGACCCUAAUGAGGAAGAAAUGCUAGAGGUGAUUUCUGAUGCAGAGGAGAAUCUGGUCGCUGAUAGCCUACUUUCAUCAGCACAGAAAAUCAUUAGCAGUAGCCCAAAUAAAAAAGGUCACGUUAACGUGAUAGUGGAGCGUCUGCCAAGUGCCGAAGAAACUCUUCCGCAGAAACAUUUCCUCAUGAAUGCUGACAUUGAGGAGGGGAAAAACCUGAGCCCGACAGAGGCCAAGAUUGGGUGUGAGGGAAGAGAUGAAGUUUAUCGUGCUGAUAAGUGUACUGUCGAUAUUGGGGGGCUGAUCAUAGGCUGGAGCAAUACAGAGAAGAAAGACAGCGGGUUAAUAAAUAAAGGACUGGCUCCUGAUGAGAAUGCCCCACCGGGCCGAAGAAGGACAAAUUCUGAGUCUCUUAGACUACACUCGUUAGCUGCAGAAGCCCUGGUCACAAUGCCAAUAAGAGCUGCAGAACUCACACGAGCCAACCUCGGGCACUACGGGAAUAUAAACCUUUUAGAUCCAGAUACUGGACAAAGGCAAGUAGAUAGCACGUUGGCAGCAUAUUCUAAAAUGAUACCACCGCUUAAAAACUCUUCAGAGGGGCUGACUAGUUUUAACCAAAGCAACUCUGCCUUAGUAGCCCUCCCAGAGGGUAGGCAGGAAUUGUCAGAUGGGCAAGUGAAGACAGGCAUCAGCAUGUCCUUGCUGACCGUGAUUGAAAAAUUAAGGGAAAGGACAGACCAAAAUGCUUCUGAUGACGACAUUCUGAAAGAGCUGCAGGACAACGCCCAGUGCCAGCCCAGCAGCGACCCAAGUUUGUCAGGAAGCAGCGUGGUGGAAUACAUCCCUGAUGCUGAGCGGCCCUACCGCUGCCGUCUGUGUCACUACACCAGCGGUAACAAGGGCUACAUCAAGCAGCACUUACGCGUCCAUCGACAGAGACAGCCAUAUCAGUGUCCUAUCUGUGAGCACAUAGCUGACAACAGCAAAGACUUGGAGAACCACAUGAUCAACCACUGUAAAACGAGAAUAUACCAGUGCAAGCAGUGCGAAGAAUCUUUUCAUUAUAAGAGUCAGCUGAGGAACCAUGAGAGAGAGCAACAUAGUCUUCCAGAUACCUUGUCGAUAGCAACUUCUAAUGAGUCAAGAAUUUCCAGUGAUACAACUGAUGGAAAAGGUGUCCAGGAAGGGAGCAAGUCUUCGGUCCAGAAACGGUAUAGAUGCGAUGUGUGUGAUUAUACAAGUACAACGUAUGUUGGUGUCAGAAACCACAGACGAAUCCAUAACUCUGAUAAGCCUUACAGAUGCUCUUUGUGUGGGUAUGUGUGCAGCCAUCCUCCUUCUUUGAAGUCUCACAUGUGGAAGCAUGCCAGUGACCAAAAUUACAACUACGAACAAGUGAACAAGGCGAUUAAUGAUGCAAUCUCACAAAGCGGCAGAGUCCUGGGGAAAUCCCCAGGAAAGUCUCUAUUAAACAGCAGCGAAGAAAGCGCCGAUUCUCUCACCGGAAGCUCAGAAAAUUUGGUGUCAUCCUCAUCCUCAGAGCUGAUUUCCCAGGCUCCCAGCGAAGUUGUAGGUCCCAACGAGAAUGGGAAACUGAGCCCUACAAGUAAUACCUCAUAUAAUUUAGAAAAAAACUCCAGUCUGGCCCCUCCUGGUAUGGAGUAUUGCGUUUUACUCUUCUGUUGUUGUAUUUGUGGUUUCGAAUCUACCAGCAAAGAAAAUCUCUUGGAUCAUAUGAAAGAGCACGAGGGUGAAAUCGUAAACAUCAUCCUGAAUAAGGACCACAACUCAGCUCUGCCCACAAAUCAGAUGCAGUAAUGACCUGACGAGGGAGACGGUGGAAGGGGAAUCCUUGGAACCACAGUUUCACCUUUGCGCUGCCCAGUAGCUUACUAGACACAGAAGAACCAGUUGGUGUGAUUUUUGAGGAAAUGACAGCUGUGACUUUGGAACCAAAUUUGUAAUGUAAUGAAAGGAAUUCUGAAUGGAUAAGGGGGUAAAAAUAUUUAAAUAUUUUGAGAGAGGGAAAGUGGGUUGAGGAGGCAACAAAGAUGUAAUCUUACAAUAACCCUCUGUUACCUCUUCUUAGUUUGAGUGUAUUUAUUAAAAGCUUAUUAUAGUGUAGAAAUGCAAGCAAAAGAGUUAAGAAAGGGCUUUCCAGGAACUAUUCUAAAACUUUGUUACGAGAGUGUCACAGUCUUAGAUGGAGCUUAGUUUUCUUCAUUUUCAGUUUUGACAUGAAUGACAGGCCUCUUGUGAGAAAUGGGAAGCAGGUGUCGGAGAGUUUCUCGGUGUCAACAGGGAAAACAUCACUAGAGGCCUUUGAGAUGAUCAAACUAAAACCUUUACCCAGACUGAUAGGAACAAAUCAUAUACUCAGUCUGAGAUACAUUGCUUUACUCUUUAAAAAGAAAGAAAGAAAAGAGACCUCUAAAUCCAAAUCUUGAUUGUAAAUAGGCAUUUACAAAGUAAAUUAUUAUCUUCAAUUUACAGUGAAUGUCUUGUGGGCAAAGGAGGAAAGAAGUGAAUUCCCACCAGCCUCAAACCAAAUCUCAAGGUUCAUGGAAAUGGUGCUGGUUGAGCACAGUGCACUUCUCAGAGGUUCUUUUCAGAGUGUUUGAUGGAGCACCCCAAUUUUCUUAAUGGUUAUAUAGGCCUUCUAAAGCUCUCUUCUGAACUAAACCAAGGUUGUUACCUGAAAGAGUCUAUUAAAUAGCAAAGAAGGAAAGUUUGCAUUUGCUCAUCAGACCUUAGGGUUAGUGUGAGCUGUUAAAUAAAAAUCAUUUGGGGGAAGAGGCAUGAAAUUCAGAAGCCCCUUAAAAUGAGUACUGCUAUUGAGAUGUUACUCCCUGGGGUUUAUCUAGUUAUACUUAGCAUCAGAGGUGUAACCAAACGUGGCUAAAAUGUAGUAAAACUUCAGAUUGUUUCUAAAACUUUUAAUAACCAACAAACAACAUUUGGCAAGUCUACAGGGUUUCUCCUAUCUAGGAAAUUCCAUUUUGUUAGUGUGCAAUGGGACAUUUGGAAAACCAACUAACAGUACUUUUGCAUUAAAACUCACCAUCAAAUAGAUACAAUCUCAUUAAUUACCCAUUUUGUAUAAUGUAUUUCAGAGGGUGAAGAGAACAGGGUUUUUUAUUUUUUAUUUUGCUUUAAUAGUUCUGAUCAUUUAUUUAUGUGUUGUUUUGUUCAUGUAAAUUCUGCCUACAAAGUCAAAAGGCAGCCGGUGCGCCAUGCAGUGCGCCAUCUUCGUGGAGCUCUCUCUGAAUUUGACUUCUGACAUCCUGUAGGGCUGAGGCUGUGACUCUCAAAAGCUUAGAAAACAUCAAAAACAGAAUUUUUUGAAUAGGAUACUCUGUAGACACAUUUUAGCAAACAGUUCUCUUCCCAAAGUCCAGGUAUGUGUUGAAUGAAUUAACAUUUUUAAGAUUGCAUUAAGAACUAUUUAAGUGGGGCCAGGCAUCUUGAAACGUUGUCUGAUUUGUUUUUUUAGUCUCAUUUUGGUGAUGCUAUUUAAACGAUUGUAACUUUGCAACUCUUUAAUUUAGGUAGCUUUAAUUUAUUUGUGAAAGUUAAUCCAUUUCUGAUAUGUGGUUUUUAAAAGAUAAAAUGAAUUUAUAUAUACUAAACUAUAUUCCCAAAUCCACAUGCAGUGGAUUUUCUCAUUUCUCCCCUUCUCAGAAUUAAAAUACAAUUAUAUUUCAUUUCAAAUUCAAAUAAAAUAUUUUAAAUGGUUCCAUUUUUAUUAUUAAAUUAUUGCCACCCAGUCAAUUUCUUCAUUACUGGUAGCUGGGACUCAAUGUCUCUUUAUAAAAAUCUAUUGUUCUGAAAAUUAACAACCUUAGAAGAAAUUCAUUUUAUAAACUUUCCUUGGCUUUGAUUUUAUGUAAUCGUUUGGAAAAUACUAAUAACCAGGAAACAUUCCCAAAAUUUUAGCAGUGAAUUUUUAAGUUACUUUUCUUUGUUUUCUUAAACCACUUCUAUUGUUACUUAAAUUUUCCAUUUGGAAUCAUGAAUUUAAAGUUCCCCUAGCUCAUGGGAAAAAGUUAACCCAGAAGUUCAAAAGUCUUUAAGUGUUCAUCUAAUUCUAGCCAAAGUUAUCUCCAAAAGCUUCAUCCUGUCCACAGGAGGAACCAUAUACGAAGGACCUUCCCAUUGUGGUUUUGUGGCAAGCCUUAAGUUAACAGUGUCUCUACCAAGAAAAUUGAGUAUUUCUAAACAUAAUAAUGAAGACUAAAUAUGCAAUUUGAAUUAUAGAAGAGAUAGGUAUUAAAAUAAUCAGCAGAAAUUCCCUUUAUAGGAAUAACAUUUUACUUACUGGUACUAGGUCUUUUGCCAUACAGAGCUCAAAGUAUUUCUUUUCCAUUCUGAACACUUAACAAUUCUAGGAUUUGAUAGUGAAAAUAAUUUUUAAAACAAACUUACUGGAUAAAGGCAAAGGUGGGGAGGGGGAAGAUGAUGCUUUCUGAUCAUUAUAAGUAAUACUUUUCAGGGCUCUAUCAUUUUCUCUCUUUCUCUAAUAGUCCAGAAUAUGGUUGGUAUCCCCAGUGUUCUGACAGUACCAUGCCUAUAUUCCAGUUGAUCUGUCGACUUCAAGCUCUGUGUCCAGCUGGUGCAAUGUCGUGACACUGACUGAAGCCUUUGUUCUAGAUCUUUAACAUCUUCGAGGUAGUUAUCAGUGGCUUCGUUACUAUUUUCUUUGUCGUCUCUCACAACGACCUGGUGGGCACCUAUGUUUACAUUGUAUCUUCCCGCAGUGUACUUGGCUUGACAAAGAUAAGCAGGCUUCUCUAUUGAGACUUACUAUAUUUUUAGUUUUCAUAGACACUUAUUUAAUCUUUUUUUAUUGUACAGCAAGGUGCUCUAAGUAAUAUUCUAUAAAAUAUAUUUAAUAGAAAUUUGAGUUUGAUAUUCAUGGACAUGAAUACAUGUAUUUUUUUAAGAAAUAACUAUUGUGUAACACUAUGGCAUUGCUUCUAUAGCCAAAGUCUAAAAAUUUCUGGAACACUGACAUGUAAAGACUACAGUUAAUUCUGACACUGUAUCAUUAAAAUAGGAUGAUUUGCAUUUUGUAAAAUUAUCCUGCACAUCGAGCUGCAUGCCUUAAAGCCUAAAACUCUAGGAUUGUGUUCAUGGUAGAACAGUUUAUCUGUUCAGCAAACAGUGAAGCCAGGUCUACAGCGCUUCUUUAACUACCUUUGGAAAUACUGUACAAUGUUAGAAUAAUUUAUUUUGCUUUACAGGAGUUUGUCAUGUAUUGACUUUAAUAUUGUAUUUUGGUAAUAAAUUUUUUGUUAAAAA